AUGAUGUCAGAAGAGUGCGCUCAGAGACUUGCGUUGCCUAGAUCCAAAGCUAGGAUUGCUGUUCAUGGAGCUGGAGAAGUGAAUGUAGGCUACACAAGGGGGCUAGUCCACCUGGAAGUCGUCUCAAGAUAUGAUCCGAAUGACAAAAUCGAGGUUCAAGCUUAUGUUAUGGAGAAGGUUACUUCCAAGUUGCCUUCCGUGGAUCUCUCAGGGUUUAAGUGGGAUCAUAUCAAGAGCCUGCAGCUUGCUGAUCCUCAAUAUACCGUUCCGGGAAAGAUAGACAUCAUUCUUGGGGCUGAAUACGCUUUGGAGAUCAACUUGCCGCAAACACUCAAAGGGGACUCUGGACAACCAAUAGCUCAGCUUACCAUUUUCGGAUGGAUUGUGGGUGGUCGGAUCGAUAGCCCACUCAACAGCAUCACUUCACUGCAUACGCAUUACAAUUUGGAUGAGAUGCUAAAGAGAUUUUGGGAGGUUGAGGAAAGCCACCUCGACAAACAACCUCUACUUACAGAGGAAGAAGUCAUGUGUGAAGAACACUUCACACAAACACACUCAAGGGACGACACAGGCCGUUAUGUCGUCAAAUUACCAUUCAAAAAGGAUCACAAACCAUUGGGAAAUUCAAGCUCAACAGCGCUAGCUCGUUUCCAAUCAUUGGAAAGAAAGCUAUCCCGAGACCCAGACUUCCAUGAGCAAUACAAGGCGUUCAUGGGGGAAUAUAUCGGCUUGAAUCAUAUGGAACUAGUGACUGGACAUGAUCUGAAACCUGAGGAUGAAUCGUAUUUCUUGCCACAUCAAGCUGUUCUCAGACCUACAAGUGAGACAACCAAACUGAGAGUUGUCUUUGAUGCGUCAGCAACCACUCGCCCGAACAAUCCUUCGCUCAAUGAUAUACUGGCGAUUGGUCCUACCCGACAAGAUGAUCUGCUUGUGUUGCUUUUGCGUUUUCGAACGCACAAAGUAGCUAUGUCCGCUGACGUAGAGAAGAUGUACAGACAGAUCCUGGUUGCAAGCGAGGACAGAGAUUACCAAAGAGUGUUCUGGAGGACAAAUUUUCAGGAGAAGAUUCAGAUCUUUCGACUCUGUACCGUGACGUAUGGUACGUCAAGUGCACCGUUUCUUGCUGUGAGAGUUCUUCAUCAAAUAGCUAUGGACUACAAGGAUGAUUAUCCAGAGGCCUGUGAAGUUAUCUCCACAUCAUUUUACAUGGAUGAUUUGCUAUGUGGAGCUGAGUCCAUCGAAGACGGCAAGAAACUUCAAAAGGAGAUCCAGGAUGUUCUAGGCAAGGGACAUUUUGUUCUUAGAAAAUGGGCAUCUAACUCUAGUGAGGUUCUAGAUCAAGUUCCGCCUGAUCUCCAAGCUAUUACACCCGACGAGGUCAAAGCACACACCAAAUCGAUCUCAGCCCUUGGGCUUAAGUGGUCACCAGGUCCAGACAACUUUUCUUUGGUUAUUGAUGCUCUACCCCUGGUAAGGACGAAACGCGAUUUGUGUGCUGCUGCAGCGAAGGUGUUUGACCCAUUGGGAUUUAUCUGCCCUGUCACGAUAAAUCUAAAGAUGAUGUUCCAAUCUCUUUGGCUGAUUCCUAAUCUUCAAUGGGACGAUGAACUGCCAGAUGAUACAGCGAAAUCGUAUGAGAGAGUGCAGACUGAAUUUUCCUUAAUUCAGAAAAUAGUCAUUCCGAGAGCGAUUCCAACCCAGAAAGAUGUGAUUGAAAUUCAUGGAUUCGCUGAUGCAUCAGAACGAGCGUACGGAGCUGUCAUCUACGCAAAGGGUAUGGAUGCUGACGGGAACAUCGAGAUCAACAUUGUGAUUGCCAAAUCCAAAGUGGCUCCCCUAAAACCAAUCACAAUCCCAAGAAUGGAGCUAAAUGCUGCUGUUUUGCUUACACAACUGGUCACAAAGGUCAAAGAUUCUCUGGGAAACAAGAUGGUGGAAGUUCAUGCGUGGUCUGAUUCAACAAUUGUUCUUCAAUGGCUUCAAGAACCACCCAGGACAUGGAACAAUUAUGUAGCUAGGCGUGUUUACGCUAUUCAAGAGGUCGUUCCACCUACUCAUUGGCGCCAUGUGCCUACGGCACAGAAUCCUGCAGAUUGCAUUUCCAGAGGAGUAUCCCCAAAGGAGCUUUCGGAGCACACCUUGUGGUGGCAUGGACCACAAUGGCUCAGUGAGAAUGAAGAGAAGUGGCCAGAGAACAAGGUGAAGAGGGGGAAAACAGGCGAAGAGAGAUCAUCCCAUGCAGUUUCCCUCGUGACGCAAAACCAAGUCGACCCUCUUGAUCUGCUGAUUGAGAGAACUUCCGGACAUCUGAAGACUGUGCGGUAUCUAGCUUACUGGCUCCGUUUUAUUGGGAAUUUGAGAGUCAAGAAAGAGGAGCGAAAAACGGGUUUCCUGACAGUUAGUGAGUUGCAGAAUGCCACAACUUGUAUUCUGAAACGUAUUCAGCAGAAAGUAUUUCCGGUUGAAUACAAGAGCUGUGGACAAGGACACCCUCUUCCGAGAUCGAGCAAGUUGUUGAAACUUGUUCCUUUCCUGGACAAAGAUGGAUUGAUGCGGGUUCAGGGCCGACUGGCAAACUCAAACAUGGAUUACUCCACACAGCACCCCAUCAUUUUGCCAUCUGCUGACAAAUUUGUGAGAGACCUGAUAGUGUUCACCCAUGAGAUGAAUCUUCAUGCUGGACCGGCGAUUCUGAUGAACACUUUACGCACGAAAUAUUGGAUUCUUGGGCUCAGGAAUCUUGUCAAGGGCAUCACCAGGAAGUGUGUGAAGUGCAUCAAGGCGAAACCAACUACUGAGACACCGUUUAUGGGCGACUUGCCUGCAGCUAGAGUCCAACAGAACAGUCCAUUUUACCAGACGGGUUGUGAUUUCGCGGGACCCAUCAAGAUUCGCGCAUCCGAGCUGAGGAAGGCACCGGUCAUGAAGGCCUACAUAUGUGUAUUCAUAUGCAUGACCACGAAGGCGAUGCAUCUUGAGGCCGUCAGUGAUCUGACCACUGACGCUUUCCUGGCGAGUCUACGGAGAUUUACCGCACGUAGAGGGCAUUGUCACACAAUUUUCUGUGACAAUGGCACCAAUUUCCUUGGAGCAUCAGGGACAUCUCGUGAAGAGAGGCUCAAGGGAAUCCGUACCCACCAGCACAAAUGUGAAAUCUCAUCUACGACGAGUGCUGGGGAAAGUCUGCUAACUUUCGAGGAACUAGCAACAGUUCUGGCACAAAUAGAAGCGUGCCUGAACUCACGCCCACUCUGUGCGAAGUCUUCGGACAUAGAUGACAACGAACCAGUGACACCCGGCCAUUUCCUGGUCGGACACGCGAUGAAUCUGACCCCUGGACCAGAUUUGCUUGAGGUUAAUCCCAACCGUUUGAGCCGAUGGUUGCUACUUCAGCGCAUGGUGCAACACUUCUGGAAGCGCUGGCAUGUGGAGUACAUCACAUCGCUUCAACACAGAUCCAAGUGGUACGAGAAGAAGAGGAACCUCUGUGUUGGAGAUUUAGUGCUGCUUCGAGAUAACCUUCUCAAACCCACUUACUGGAGAAUGGGAAAAAUCACUGCUGUCCAUCCGGGCAAUGAUGACAUCGUUCGGGUCGCAACAGUGAAAACAACCGACGGCAUGCAGAAACGGGCAGUCAAUACCUUGGCCUGGCUGCCCACAGACGGUUUCUUGAGCCCCUCCAGGACUCAAGAGGGGGAAAAUGUGGGAAAUGAAGACGAACAGAAGGCCAACCGUCAAAACAUUUGA